AUGGAAAAUUUAGAUAUCAAAUCGAUAUUCGCUAAUAAGUAUUAUGGAACUCCAUUAAUGCCUACUAAUUUGGGGGAGUUGGUGUUCUAUUUGCGACUUCAAUUUGGAUUAUUUCUCCACAAUUCACAGAUAUGGUUAACUACUACUUAUUUGCAAUCAUAUGAAUUUCCUUUUAAUUACCUUGUAUUACUUCGAGAUGUAUUUCUAUUAUAUAUAGUGACUCAUAAACUCUUAGAAAUAUGGACUCAUGUAAGAGGGAUUGGGGUUUAUGGCACGUUUCAUGAGUUAUUUAAUGAUGUUAGAAAGAGAGUUUAUAGUAUUAUAUUUCUGUUCCCUCCAAUAAGACAUAAAGUUGAAAAGGAAUUAGCUGAAGUUGUAGCUAAAAUGGAAAAGGAAAUUAUUAAGAAUGAUGAUGAGUUACUUCAACUUGCUGAAAUUCCUGAGCAAGGGUUAGAUUCUAAAUUGGUUUUGAAAGAAUUGGAUAAGUUACAGGAUUUAAAACAUACAGAAUGGGCUAAUGGAAGAGUCAGUGGAGCUGUUUAUCAUGGAGGUGAAGAUUUACUCGAAUUACAAUCAUCAGCGUAUUAUAAAUACUCGGUAGCUAAUCAACUUCAUCCAGAUGUCUUUCCUGGAGUUCGUAAGAUGGAAUCUGAAAUAGUAUCAAUGGUUCUUGAUAUAUUUAAUGCACCCACAAGUGCAUGUGGAAGUACUACUCUGGGAGGUACAGAAUCUUUAUUAUUAACUGGUUUGGCAGCCAGAGAAUAUGGAAAAAGAUUUAAAGGUAUUACAUCACCAGAAGUCAUUGCCCCAGUUACAAUUCAUGCUGGUAUUGAAAAGGCUUGUUAUUAUUUUGGUAUGAAACUCCAUAAAGUUGAUGUUGAUCCUAAAACAUUUAAAGUUGAUUUAAGUAAAGUCAAACGAUUAAUUAAUGGUAAUACUGUAUUAUUAGUUGGAUCAGCUCCUAAUUUUCCUCAUGGUAUUAUUGAUGAUAUUGAAGGGCUUUCCAAAUUAGCAGUUAAGUAUAAAAUUCCACUUCAUGUAGAUGCUUGUUUAGGUUCAUUUAUAGUUUCUUUCUUGGAAAGAAGUAAAGUUCACGGAGAUCUUGUUAUUCCCAAAUUCGAUUUUAGACUUGCUGGCGUUACAUCGAUAUCGUGUGAUACUCAUAAAUAUGGUUUUGCUCCUAAGGGUUCAUCUAUUAUCAUGUACAGAGAUCCUAAAUUACGUGAAUGUCAAUAUUAUAUUCUGAGUGAUUGGACAGGAGGUAUGUAUGGAUCACCAACGCUUGCAGGUUCAAGACCAGGAGCGUUAAUGGUUGGAUGUUGGAGUACAUUAAUUAAUAUAGGUAAAGAAGGUUAUGAAAAGUCGUGUAAAGAGAUUGUAAGUACAUCGAUGCAAUUCAAAAAGGUUUUAAAGCAAGAUGAAACUUUUCAAAAGUAUUUUGAAGUCAUUGGAGAUCCUAUUGCUUCGGUGGUAUCAUUUAAAUUUAUUGAUUCUAAAAAGUUUAACAUUUACGAUUUAGGAGAUAUAAUUGGUAAAAGAGGAUGGCAUUUUUCUGCUUUACAAAAUCCUGCUGCUUUACAUUUUGCCUUUACCAGAUUGACAAUUCCAGUUUUAGAUGAUUUAAUUACUGAUUUACGUGAAUCAUUAUUAGAGUAUACUAAUAAGUUGUCAGUAGAGAAUACGAAUAUUAAGCCAACAGGUGAAGUGGCUGCCUUAUAUGGGGUAGCAGGUAGUGUAAGCACUCGAGGUUUAGCAGACAGAUUAAUCGUUGCCUUUAUCGAUACCUUAUAUAAAGUAUAG